GAUGAGCACACCCGGCAGCCGCUGUAACGAUAAAGUGGUCAAGCAAAAUGGAGACCCAGGAGAUCACCUCUCUGUGUUUACCAAUACACAGACCCCAGCAGGCAGUGCUAAAGCAAGGCUGAUGUUUGCCUUUAAGAAAGACACUGACACCAGGAAGGCUUACCUGGCAGGGAGAGAGUAUUACAGCGAGGAAGGAACGACCUUUGAACUGCGACUUGUUCAAAAAAUAAAACAGCAGCAAAGCGCUGAUCCCACUUCUCGUCCCGGGUAUCCAUCCUCCCUUGGUGUGAGAGAAUUCAUUAGAAGAGCCACGGAGGUGGCUUUGGGGAAGAGCUCUCGAGCUGUAGUGGAGGAUCGGGUGUUGGGUGUCCAAACUCCUGGUUUCACCGCUGCAGUUCGUCUUGGCGCUGAACUCUUGAGACACUGGUACGCUGUCCGUACCGUUUGGUGUGGGCCGGUCUACCUGUCGUCCCCGUGUGAUGACUCGUUGGCUGGUAUCUUCCAGGCAGCCGGCAUCCAAGACAUCCGUGAGUAUUAUUACUGGGAUUACAAGCGGCGGGGCAUUUGUUUGGAGAAGCUUCUGGAGGAUCUGACGAAGGCUCCUGAGCAGAGUGUUGUUGUUCUGUCAGCAUCUGCGCACUAUCCCACCGGAGCAGCCCUCUCUCAGAAUCAAUGGGCUCAGAUUGCAAACGUCAUCAUGCGGCGCCGGCUUUUCCCCUUCUUCUUGCUGCCGCCUCAGGCGCUCUGCUACGGAGACUUGGAGCAGGGUGUCUGGCCCGUUCGGUACUGUGCGUCGCAGGGGAUGGAGCUCCUCUGUGCCCAGUCGUUCUCCCACUGCUUCGGGCUGUAUGGUGAGGCUGUCGGGCACCUACUGUGCGUCUUAAAGCAGAAAUCCCUCCUGUUUCCCAUGGAGUCUCAAGCCGACAGAAUAGUGAGGUUGCUCUGGGCCCAGCCGUCGGCGGGAGGCGCGUGCGUUGUCGCCACGGUUCUCGGUAACCCAGCCCACCUCGUUGAAUGGAAGGAGGAGGUAAAGCGCAUCGUGGAGCGAUGUAUGCUGAUCAGAGAGAUUUUGAGAGAAAGGCUGAGGCUUCUGGGAACGCCGGGCUGUUGGGACCAUCUGACUCAGCAAGGCGGACUCUACUGUUUUACAGGCCUGAACGGGGAGCAGGUAGACUUUUUGUCUAAGAAGAGACAUGUGUAUCUGCUCCCCGACGGCUGCCUAAAUGUGAGUGCAAUCAACAGUCGUAACCUGGACAAUAUCGUGGAGUCCAUUCAUCUGGCUCUCACCACUUCGGACUGACCCUUUCGGCCGAGCACUAUAAUCACUGUUCAAAGGCCCUUUCAGUUUGUGAAGUUCUCGUUUAAAUCAAACCUUUCACGUGUCAUCGUUUCAAGAUUACUUCGGUUGAGUAAAAUGUGGGGGGAAAUAUGAAUAAUUGAACUACACCUGCCUUUUAAUAACAGAGGUGUGAUCUAUCAAACUAUGAAGCAAUGGAGCAAGUCUGCUUGUGUGUUCUCAUCUGAUGCAGUUCACACCUGGAGUGUGUACUGAUGUGGACUCAAGCAAGUCAUUUGAUAAGUUUGGUGCACAUGCAACACUUUUACUAUGUAUAAAGUUUUAAUAAACAUGAGAUAAUAUUGCUAAAUGAAUGCUAACAUUGCAACUUAGCGCUUAUUCACUUCCGCGGAGCCCCACAGGAACAGCGGCACUCAUUGCAAACACGCCACAUACCUAAUCCGUGGCGUAUGUACUGCAUGGUUCCUCUUAAAUAGACAGUUAGGUAAGCUUUUACCAGCAGGCUGCUCACAUCCUGGGUUCACCUAAGUAUGCUUAAGGGACGACCGGGCUGUUUUUAAUGCCACUUGUGAAGAGGCUCUGCUCUGUUCAAAAAUCAUCACCGCUCAUUUCCAAACAAACAUCAUUUAGAUAAACCAAUCACGGAAUGGGAAUCAAAAUGGUCACUCGCAUGGAAACAUAUUAUAACCUAAUGAAGUGAUAUGAACAGUCCUCCAACCUUUCUUUCUUUAGUGGAACUUUAAUGAAAGCUCAUUAGGAGGUCCUGCAUUAAUUCUUAAGGGAAAAGUGAAGCAGAGGCAGCCGCACAUUAUAGUUAAAUGUAAAAUAUUCUUUCUUUAACAGGCAAUGCAUAACCAUGAAAAAGUGUAACAGCCUUGUGACGGACGUUCAGAUGAUGUCUGGGAGUGUGUGUGUGCUUUACACAGAACAGUACAUCAGCCGUAGGUAAAAUAAUAUAAAAGUGGGGGCGGAAAAUCUGUGUUUAGACUUUGUUAUUGUAUUAUGAAAGCAGCUGAAAUCACAGCAUGGGUUUCAAUACGUAUAUAUAUACGUAUUGAAACCCAUGCUGUGUAGAAAGCAGAUUUGAGCCACUUUCAUAAUACAACUGGGUUGAAGGGCAUCCAUUACAGUGUGUUUUCAAUAGACAGAAGCUCAUUCAGUGAGCGACUGAGACACCCAGAGAGCGUAUUGAUCCAACAGAAGGACGAUUUUUUAAUCAGUAAGUUCAGAUGUGUUUUUUGGAUUUAGCACCUUUCUGUUGCCAUUGAUGUCUUCAAUCCCAUUUCAUGAUGUUAUUGAUCAUUCGUAAUUGGUUUUCUGUCUGUUUAUCUGUUUGUAUAUUGUAGGCCGUGUGGGUUAAUGUGGUGGCAGAUAGUUUCCUCAAAGGGGAGUAAUAGGUCGUCGUGGCGCAGGGGUUAGAGAAGGUGUGUUGGGAAGCACAAGGUU